UCUGCUGGAGAAAAAGAUAUCUUUUCAAAAUGGAUGAUGUACGGAUUGAAUGGUUAAGAAAUGAAGUUUACCUGGCUUUGGAAAUUGCUGACACUGAGGUGUUUGAGGAUUUACUGAACCGAGAUGAUGGUGUAAACGAAAGUUUGAUACAGAAAUUUUUGAACGAGACGCCUGCGGAGGGAACGGCAUUGAUUUUACACUCACAAGUCGUCGAGGAAGAGGAGGAAGUCGAGAUUGAGAUAGAGCCAGAAAUUCCCGUUAUUCCCGAGGGAAGUGAACUGUUGAAUGACGAGGAUGGUUUUGUCAAUGAUCUCGGAGAACCUCGUGUUAAUGGUACCAUGCAGCCAGAUGAGGUGUUGGUAAAUGGUGAUGUGAAUGCUGCUGGUGGUGAGGUGAAUCCUGAGACUGGUGAACUUAUACAAGAUGAAAAGCCAGCUGAUGAAAAUGAAGAAGACGUAACGAAGUUUAAAUUCACACCAGUUACAAAAAUUGUGGUUCAGAAAGUCUACCGUACGGUGCUGUUUGCAAGUUGCGCUGCGAUCCCUCUUGUCGCGGACGAAACAAAUGCAAUCUAUUUCCAACGUACGACGGGUGGCCCCGUCCCCCUACCCUCGUCAAUCGACGAGGCCAACGAGGUGAUGCCCAACCUCUUCGAAUUUGGCUCCCUCAACGAGAACGCCACGCUGCAAAUGUUAGACCAGGUCUUGCAUAACGUGUACUUACCUUUGCUCUCCUACUGUGGGACAAGGUCAGAGCCCGGGGCGGGAGCCGACUCCGCCUCUACCGCCGAGGAAACCCCUCGCACCGGCUCGGUGGGGGAGGCCUCCAAAGGGAGGGUGGUGAUCCGCGAUGAAUUUUUAAUAAACUUGCAGAAAUUUGCAAAUCACAUCGAUAGGACGAUGCAGCAGUUAGCCGGCGAUAUCCGACUGAGAAUGCCCGAUGUCGUUUUGGGCGAUGAUAUUUCGGAGAUAGCGCGUAAUCCAGAAACCAUUGCGAGCUUGGAAGAGACUUUACACGACUGGGAGGUUACCAUGGCAUCCGCUUUGGAACAUCAAUUAAACCAUACGCCCCAGGGCAACGGUACCUUAGCGGAAAUGGACUUUUGGCGGGAAAGAAACGCCACACUCAGCGCUCUGGUAGAGCAGCUGAAAAGACCUUUGGUCGAAAAAGUCAUCGCCAUUCUUGCGCAUGCGGGUAGCGAUAGCUUGUCAACCUUCGAAUACCAUAAAAACGAGUUGACGAAAUACUAUGUCGAGGCAAAAGACAAUGUGAGAUUCUUGCUCACGUUGGAAAGGCACUUCAAGAACCUUGCUCACGGAGCGAGCUUUAAGAUAAUCCUGGAGACGAUACCGUCGUUGAUGAACGCUUUGAGGAUGGUCUGGAUUAUAUCAAGACAUUAUAAUAGGGACGAGAGGAUGGUGCCUUUGAUGGAAAGAAUUGCAUGGGAGCUGGCUGAAAGAGUUGCGAAAGUCGUUAAUAUCAGAACCAUUUUGAAAGAAUCACCAGCCACGAUCAAAUUAAAGACGUCUGAGGCAAAGCGAACUCUGAUUCAGUGGAAAGAAACUUACUUUGAUACUCGGGCGAAGAUUGAGGCCUCGGGUCGAGAUGCGCGCUGGGAAUUCGACAGAAAACGUCUGUUUGAAAGGACAGACUACAUGGCGACGAUAUGUGAAGACAUACAUGAAGUAGCGCAGGUUUUGGAAGAGUUUUACAAUAUUUUCGGUCCCGAGCUGAAGGCGGUGACUGGCGAUCCGAAGCGAAUCGAGGAUGUCGUGAAACGGGUCGAUGGUUUGGUAAAGCCUUUGGAAAACGUGAGUUUUGAUCCGUUCAGUAUCCGUCACGCGACCAGCUGGCGUAGCGUGAUGGAGCGUUUCCGUCGCGAGGUGGGUGCAAUCGAGAACGAGGCGAAACAUUUCAUCGACGACUCGUUUCAAAGUCUGCGCUCUGCCGAAGGAGCGUUCGACAUGUUGCAGAAUUUCAAGCACAUUCGCUCCCGCGACGCGAUCAACUCGCAAAUGAUGAGGAAGUUCAAUGAUAUUUUACUGCAGUUUGGAAAGGAGGUGGAUGUUAUUUAUGCGCUGUUUAAAGCUGGUCACGUGGCACCUCCCGUGUACAAGAAUCAACCGCCUGUCGCCGGCGCUAUUGGCUGGGAGCGAUCGCUGUUCUACAGGAUUAAACAUACCAUCUUAAGAUUCCAGGAAAUCGAGGAUAUGCUGAACAGCGAUCAAGGAAAACUGGUCAGCAAGAAGUAUCUCUCAGUGGCAAGACUUAUGAAACAAUAUGAAGACAAGAAAUUUGAAUUAUGGCGCGAACAAGUGGAAACACAUCUCCUGUCUUACCUCAAGCGAAAUCUCUUAACCCGAUCGACGACCGGCUCCGCUACGACACGAUCCGGUGUUCACACGGUAAAAGACGAUGCUAGUGGCGAAGAUGACCACAGAUCACCUGUGCACAGUUCUCACCUUGAUGUCCAGUAUGUGGUUGACUUCGCACCCGAGUUGUACGAGAUCAUCACAGAGACAAAAUAUAUGGAGCAGCUUGGGUUCCAUGUGCCUGAACUGGCUCGUAAUGUUUCGCUGCAGGAAGAAAAAUUUAUCAAGCAUGUUGAUGGCUUGAAGCAAAUGCUUUCUCAAUACCACGCAAUUUUAUCAAGCUUGAAUCAUGCAGAGACACAACUUCUCGAGGACCACAUCAAGGAAUUAAAACGCGUCUUGAAACCCGGCCACAAGCGACUGAACUGGAAUUCUCUUGGUAUUGGUGAUUAUAUCACCAGAUGCGACCAGGCUCUGAGCAAAUUCGAGUCUUUGGUUAAUCAAGUACAGAAAAAUGCCAAAGAUAUCAACAGUCGUUUGGUGCUGUUGGAGCGCACAGUUCUGUUCAAACGAUAUCAUGCCAAGGUUGGAUCCUCGUUGCCUGCAAGCAAGGAAUACUUCGAACACCUGACGCGAUGUUUUCAAAAAGAGAUCGAGACUUUGGUUCGAAAAUAUCGCGCGAUUGGUCCGUUACUCACGAAGAUGGAAGGUCUAGUCGUACACACGAACAGCGGUCGCUCACCCAAAUUACACCCGUAUUACGCGUACUGGGAAUCCCUGAUUUACGACGGACUGACGCAGAUGGUCACAAAUAAUCUUCGUUUAUUUCUGAGCAAAUUGCAAUCGAAACAGCCAUUGUUUCAAGUGGAGACCAUCCUCUCCGCGCCAGAGAUUGUCCUCAAUCCAUCCGCCGGAGAAAUAUUCAAAAUCACACUGCAAACAGUACGAGAUAGCGUUGAAAGUACGAAGCAGUUUGUUCGCUGGAUGCAUGGGACGUGUGUGGAGACUCCUCCACAACACGCUGAGGGCGAGGACGAACCGGUUUUGUUCAGUUUUUUCUCCGACAUCGCGCAUAACUCGACGAUCAUCGAACUGGUUCAAAACAUUUCCAAGACCGUUCAGACAACGCUGGGCUUGCUAAAUAAGUUUCUCAGCCGAUGGAAGCGCUACAGAGUUCUGUGGAAAUUGGACAAGGCCACCAUGGUUGAGAAGUUUGCUGCUAAAGAGCCCUCUUGUAUCCAAUACGAUGAGAAACUACAGUUUUAUUCAAACUUAGCGAACGAGGUGGUAAAUCAGCCGAUGUCGAAGGAUAUCGAUUUUGUGCGCCUGCAGUUAGAACCGCUAGCGGUCACCGUUCAGGCAAACGCGCGCGCCUGGGUGAAAGAACUGGGGCGACUCCUCAACGAAUCUGCGAAACAAAAUCUGAUGUCUUUGAAAAUGGAAAUGGAGAAUUUAUCAAACGACUUAAAACGAGCGCCAGACACAUUGGAAGAUUUGAAGUUUGUGCUGAGAGUUAUCGCCAGCAUCAGAGAUAUGUCUCUGGAUGUUGAACUAAGAAUCAAAGAUAUUGUUGAAAGAUACAGAACGCUACUGGUCUAUGAGAUUCAGGUUCCAGAAGCCGAACUUGAGCUAUCGAACUCUAUCUCUCAAAUGUGGGAAGAUCUGUUUCUGCAGUCGAAGUGGGUCGAUGCCAGCUUGGUUUCAGUCAAGAUGAAAUUCACUGAGAUCACUCAAGACCAAGUGACAGUUUUUGCUUCAGAUCUCACCCAGCUACAAGAAAAGUUUAUCGAGUGCGGGCCAAGCUCUGUUGGGAGCGAUUUAGACGCAGGUGUUGAGUUGUUGAAGCAAUUCAAAGACGAAUACAUGAAGUUUGAAAAAGAACGGCAAGAGCUUGCUAAUGCUGAGAAACUUUUUGGCAUUCCUAUCACGUCUUAUCCGGUAUUGAUGAGCAUGGAACAGGAGCUCAAAGGAUUGGAGCAAAUCUUCUCCAUUUACGAACGGCAGAAGGCGGCACGUGAUGAAUGGUCUAACACCUUGUGGGCCAACCUCGAUGUGAACGUGCUAUCAGACGGUAUCGAUGGCUUUACCAAAGAAUUGAAAAGACUUCCUCGUCAGGUCAAGGCGCUGCCGAUUUGUCAUGUUUUGGAGGAAAAAAUGAAGGAAUUCAAGGAGUCAAUACCACUGUUUUCAGACCUCAAAAAUGAAGCUUUGAGAGAAAGGCAUUGGAAGAAAUUGAUGGAGCUGACUGGUAUGAAAUUCGACCUGAAUCCUGAGACGUUCACGCUUCAAAAUAUGUUUGCGAUGGAACUGCAUCGCUUUAGUGAAGUCAUCGCCGACAUCACUGGAAGCGCUACGAAAGAAUUGAGUAUUGAGAAAGGAAUCAAAGAAGUGUCCGAAAUUUGGGGUAACAUGAAGUUUACCGUCUCAAAGUACAUGAAAGGCACGCAGGAACGAGGCUUUAUUAUCGGAGCCGUCGAUGAGAUCGUACAGAUACUGGAUGAUAAUGCAAUGAAUCUCCAGAGUAUGUCAGCAUCGCGAUUCGUUGGACCGUUCUUGGAGACUGUGAACAAGUGGGAGAAGAGUUUAUCACACAUCGGGGAGGUCGUUGAGGUGUGGAUGGUGGUUCAGCGAAAAUGGAUGUAUUUGGAGAGUAUUUUUAUCGGUGGUGACAUCAGAUCACAGUUGCCGGAGGAGGCGAGAAAAUUUGACGAGAUCGAUAAGACCUUCAAAAAGAUCAUGACUGAAACGGCGAAGAACUCGAAAGUAUUGGACUCAUGUCACGCGGCUGGGAGACUGGAAACGAUGCAAAGUCUUGUCAGUGGUUUGGAGAAAUGUCAGAAGAGUCUGAACGAUUAUCUCGACUCUAAGAGAAAUGCUUUUCCGAGAUUUUUCUUCAUCUCCGACGACGAACUCUUGUCGAUUCUUGGAAGUCACGACCCCACAUGUGUGCAGGAACAUAUGAUUAAGAUGUUCGACAAUAUCUCCAGUCUACGGUUCCAAGAGGGUUCAUCGAACGAGACCCUCGCCUCAGCGAUGAUAUCAAGUGAAGGCGAGGUGAUGGAGUUCAGACAAGCGGUUGCGACAGAGGGCAGAGUCGAGGACUGGAUGACUAACGUUUUGAAUGAAAUGAGGAGAACAAACAGACUCAUUACCAAGGAAGCCAUCUACAAAUAUUGCGACGAAAUUGAAAGGGUUGACUGGAUGUUGGGUUACCAAGGGAUGGUCGUUUUGGCGGGAAAUCAAGUCUGGUGGACGUGGGAAGUGGAAGAUGUCUUCCAGAAAGUCAAGAAAGGCGACAAAAUGGGAAUGAAGAAUUAUGCCAAGAAAAUGCACAAGCAGAUCGAUGAACUGGUCGUGAAGAUCCGUUCAAAUUUGUCCAAAAAUGAUCGCAAGAAGUUCAAUACUGUGCUUAUCAUUGAAGUCCAUGCCAGAGAUAUCAUUGACAGAUUCGUCCGUGACAGUAUCAUGGACGCGCGUGAGUUUGAAUGGGAAAGUCAACUACGUUUCUACUGGGAUCAGUUACCUGACAACUUGACAGUGAGACAGUGUUCCGGAGAGUUUGGUUAUGGUUAUGAGUACAUGGGAUUGAACGGACGUCUUGUGAUCACUCCUCUGACAGACAGAAUCUACCUCACUAUCACACAGGCUCUGUCAAUGUAUCUCGGCGGAGCACCGGCGGGUCCCGCUGGGACUGGGAAGACAGAAACGACGAAGGAUUUGGCAAAAGCUCUUGGAUUGUUGUGCGUUGUCACCAACUGCGGAGAAGGCAUGGAUUACAAGUCAAUCGGCAAGAUCUUCUCGGGUCUUGCCCAGUGUGGUGCCUGGGGCUGUUUCGAUGAAUUCAAUCGUAUCGACGUGUCGGUAUUGUCCGUCAUUUCAACUCAAAUCAAGACCUUACAGAACGCUCUCAUACACAAUUUGAAGAAAAUUCAGUUCGAAGGCACAGAGAUAUCAAUGGAUUCGCGAAUGGGUAUUUUCAUAACCAUGAACCCGGGUUACGCUGGUCGAACUGAACUUCCCGAGAGCGUGAAAGCGUUAUUCCGUCCUGUGGUUUGCAUCGUUCCUGACUUACAGCAGAUCUGCGAGAUCAUGCUCUUCUCAGAAGGAUUUCUCCUUGCAAAGGUGCUAGCAAAGAAAAUGACAGUACUCUACAAGCUCGCCGCUGGUCAGUUAUCAAAGCAGUCGCAUUACGACUUUGGUUUGCGUGCUCUGAAGUCGGUGCUGGUCAUGGCGGGUGAACUGAAACGAGGCUCUCCCGAUUUACACGAGGAUGUUGUUCUGAUGAGAGCUCUACGUGAUAUGAAUCUGCCAAAGUUCGUGUUCGAAGAUGUACCACUGUUCCUGGGUCUCAUUGCUGACUUGUUCCCAGGCCUUGAUUGUCCUCGGGUCCGAUAUCCCAACUUUAAUGACGCAGUCGAAGCUGUACUGGUCGAUAACAAAUACGUCAUGUUGCCACACCAGGCUGAUAAAGUAGUUCAGAUGUACGAGACGAUGUUGACCCGUCAUACGACCAUGAUAGUCGGACCAACUGGAGGAGGGAAGAGCGUGGUGAUCAAUACCCUCGCGCAGGCUCAAACACGGCUUGGAAUCCCAACAAAACUCUACACGCUAAACGCGAAGGCUUGCUCAGUGAUCGAGCUCUACGGUACCCUGGACCCUGUAACCCGGGAUUGGACCGAUGGUCUCUUGUCGUGUAUAUUUCGUGACAUCAAUAGACCCACCGAGAAAAACGAGAGGAAAUACAUCGUGUUUGAUGGCGACGUUGAUGCGCUGUGGGUCGAGAACAUGAACUCCGUAAUGGAUGACAACAAAUUACUCACCUUGGCAAACGGUGAAAGAAUUCGACUACAGAAACACUGUGCUCUCCUUUUUGAGGUCGCCGACCUACGCUACGCUUCGCCAGCAACAGUUUCGCGUUGUGGUAUGGUGUAUGUUGACCCGAAGAAUCUGGGCUACAUGCCUUUCUGGACCAAAUGGUGCGAGGCACGGCCUAAUAAAAAUGAACAGACAGAACUGAACAGGUUGUUUGAGAAAUAUGUGCCACCGAGUAUUGAUCUGAUAUUGGAAGGAGUGAUGGAUGGAAAACAGGGAAAGAAACUGAAGAGUAUUAUACCACUAACCAACUUGAAUAUGGUGACUCAACUCUCCAAGAUGUUAGAUGCUCUCCUGCCAUCUGAGAGCGGGCAUGUAGUUGGGGCAGAAAUACUGGAGGGUGUCUUCCUCACAUCAGUAAUAUGGUCCUUGGGAGCGGGCCUUCUCGAAGAAGACCGCAUCACGUUCGACAAUUACAUCAAACGGUUAUCCGCCUUGCCCCAAAACCCCGCCGAUGGGAGUGUUGUGGGGGCAGGUGAGGUCCCUAUCGCUAACCCUACCCUCUACGAAUACUACUUCGACCUGAAGAAAGAGAAGUGGAUAGCAUGGCAUGACAUUGUUCCAGAGUACGAGCACGAUCCCACGGUGAAAUUCAGCGAGAUCCUGGUACCAACUUUGGAUACAGUACGAACCACGUGGUUGUUGUCGCUCAUGGUGAAUAUCAAGAGGCCUGUUGUGCUCGUCGGGGAGACUGGGACCUCUAAAACAGCCACAACUGGAAAUUUUCUGCGAGGUUUGGAUAAAGACACAACGCUACUGUUAAACAUCAAUUUUUCAUCACGGACGACUUCGAUGGAUGUACAACGUAACUUGGAGGCCAACGUUGAGAAACGAACGAAAGAUACGUACGGGCCACCCAUGGGCAAGAGAUUACUGGUGUUUAUGGAUGAUAUGAAUAUGCCACAGGUUGAUGAAUAUGGUACGCAACAACCCAUCGCCUUGCUGAAGCUUCUCUUAGAAAGAGGAGGAAUGUACGAUCGUGGAAAGGAAUUAAACCUCAAGCAUUACAGAGAUAUUGGGUUCAUCGCUGCCAUGGGCAAGCCUGGGGGCGGUCGCAACGACGUCGAUCCCCGAUUCAUCUCAUUGUUCAGCGUCUUUAACGUGACGUUUCCCUCCGAAGAAUCCCUGACGAAGAUCUAUUCGUCCAUUAUGGACGGUCAUCUUCAACCGUUCAGCAAAGAGAUCAAGGAGCUCACCGGCCCGAUUACGUCAUCCACGCUACAACUUUACACACAAAUUGUCCACAAUCAUCCACCAACACCCUCGAAGUUCCAUUACAUCUUCAACCUGCGUGACCUGUCGCGGACGUACCAGGGCCUGUGCCUGACUGUGCCUGAUAGGUUCGAGACCGCGAGCCAGUUCAUUCGCGUAUGGAGAAACGAGUGUCUCCGAGUGUUCCACGAUCGUUUGACGAACGCGGGUGAUAAAGCAGCCGUGCAGGGGUAUCUGAAAAGCUUACUGGAGGAGAAAUUCUCUUCCCACUUGGAUUUCGUGAUGCGAGAGCCGAUCUUGUUCGGUGAUUAUCGCAAUUCCCUGACUGGUGAACCGCGCGUUUAUGAAGAUGUUGUUGAUUACGAAGCUUCAAAAGCCCUAUUUGAGGAGAUCUUAGAGGAAUACAACAUGGAUCACACGGUGAUGAAUUUGGUGCUCUUCGACGACGCCUUAGAGCACUUGACGAGGAUUCAUCGGGUCGUUCGUAUGAGUCAAGGCCACGCCCUGCUGGUGGGUGUUGGGGGCAGCGGAAAACAGAGUCUCACCCGGCUGGCCGCGUUUGCCGCCGGGGCUGAAGUGUUUGAGAUCACCCUGAGUCGAGGCUACGACGAGUCGAACUUCCGUGAGGAUCUGAAGAUUCUGUAUCAGAAACUUGGAAUCGAAAACAAACAGAUUGUCUUUCUGUUCACCGAUGCUCACGUCGCCCAGGAAGGUUUUCUGGAGCUAAUCAACAACAUGCUGACUUCUGGAAUGGUUCCAGCUCUUUUCCCAGACGAUGAGAAAGAAGGAAUUAUUGGCCAGAUACGUGACGAGGCAAGUAAACAAGGUGUCCCACCUGCUCGAGAAUCAAUCUGGCAAUAUUUCGUGUCAAAAUGCGCCAACAAUCUGCACAUAGUAUUGGCAAUGUCUCCUGUUGGAGAAACGUUGCGCACGAGGUGUCGAAAUUUCCCUGGUUUGGUGAACAAUGCGAGCAUCGAUUGGUUCAUGCCUUGGCCGAAGCAGGCCUUGUGCGCGGUCGCUUCCGUGUUUCUUGGAGAGAAGAAUGACAAAAUCCCAGACGAGUACAGAGAACGCGUGGUAGAGCACGUGGUGUUCGUACAAGAGACUGUGGUGAAGUACAGCAAGGAAUUCCUACUCAAAUUACGCCGUGUAAAUUACGUCACUCCGAAAAACUACCUCGACUUCAUUAAUACGUACAACAAACUGCUCGAGGAGAAAGAUAAAUACGUCUUGGAUCAGUGUCAUCGUCUGGAUGGCGGUCUUAGUAAACUGCUUGUCGCCAGCGACCAACUCGCUGAGCUGAACGAGAAGCUGGCCAUUCAGAAGGUGGCUGUGACGGAGAAGAGCGAAGCUUGUGAGAAGCUUUUAGCAGAAAUUUCUGUCAACACAGAGAAGGCGAUCGAAAAGAAACAAUUGGCCGAGGCAAAGAAGGAUGAAAUUGCAGAACAAAACAAACUGAUUGUAGUUGAGAAGAAAGAAGCCGAGGACGCUCUCGCUGAAGCUCUGCCAGCUUUAGAGGAAGCACGACUGGCCUUGCAAGAUCUGGACAAGUCCGAUGUCACAGAAAUACGAUCGUUUGCUAAGCCUCCUCAAGCCGUGCAAGAUAUCUCGGAAUGCAUCGUGGUCAUGCGUGGUUACAAAGAUAUUUCCUGGAAAACUGCCAAGGGCAUGAUGGCCGAAGGCAACUUCUUGAAAACGUUGCAGGAACUCGACGUGGACGGCAUUACAAGCGCUCAAGUAAAGAAGACGAAGGAUAUUUUGAGACAAAUCAACUAUUCCUUGGAGGAAAUGCAGGCGAUUAGUAAGGCUGGUGCCGGGCUGUACAAGUUCGUGCUCGCCGUGAUGGGAUAUUGCUCUGUAGCAAGGGAAAUCAAACCGAAACGAGAAAAAGUUGCGAGACUGGAACGUAACUUUCUGUUGAGCAAACGUGAAUUAAGCAGGAUUGAAAAGGAAGUAAAGAAUAUUGAAGAUGAACUGAAAGCAUUAAAUGAAAAGUACGAGGCGGCGAUGUCUGAGAAAGCUGCCUUGCAGCAAGAGGCUGAAAUCAUGGAGAGAAGAUUGAUCGCUGCUGAUAAACUCAUCUCUGGUCUUGGCUCGGAGAAGAUUAGGUGGACUGAAGAUCUUGAGGAACUGAAGAGAAAGCGUGUGCGGUUGUUGGGAGAUUGCUUACUGGCUGCAGCAUUUCUCAGUUACCUCGGUGCGUUCAGUUGGGACUUCAGACGAGAGAUGCUUAAAGAGGAAUGGGAAAAAGAUGUGGUUGAACGUGAAAUUCCGCUCAGCCAACCAUUUAAGGUUGAUAAUCUGUUGACGAACGAUGUCGAAAUAAGUCGCUGGACCUCAGAAGGUCUUCCACCGGAUGAGCUGUCUAUCGAGAAUGGCAUAUUGACCACCCAAGCUAGCAGAUAUCCGCUGUGCAUUGAUCCACAGCAACAGGCUUUGAACUGGAUUAAGAAAAAAGAGGAGGAGAACAAUCUCAAGACGUGUACAUUCAACGAUCCAGAUUUUCUUAAACAAUUGGAGCUCGCCAUCAAAUAUGGCUUCCCAUUCUUGUUCAAAGAUGUUGACGAGUACAUCGAUCCUGUCAUUGAUAAUGUUCUUGAUAAAAAUAUCAAAGGUGAGGUUGGCCGUCAGUUUGUUAUGCUUGGUGAUAAGGAGGUUGAUUAUGAUCCAAACUUUCGUCUUUACUUGAACACGAAGUUAUCCAAUCCAAAGUACACGCCUGCGCACUUCAGUCGUUGUAUGGUCGUGAAUUAUACCGUUACCCUCAAGGGUUUGGAGGAUCAGUUACUGAGUGUUAUUGUUGGUUUUGAAAGAAAGGAAUUGGAAGAACAGAGAGAAAGAUUAAUCCAAGAAACCAGCGACAACAAGAAGUUAUUGAAAGAUCUGGAAGACACUCUCCUUCGGGAACUGGCGACCUCAACUGGAAAUAUGUUGGAUAAUGCCGAGCUCAUUCAGACCCUGGAAGACACAAAGACCAAAGCAACAGAGGUCAGUGAAAAACUGAAGCUAGGUGCAAAGACAGCGAUCGAUAUUGACAAACUUCGAGAUGGUUAUCGACCCGCAGCCAAACUGGGAGCUGUCUUGUUCUUCGUUCUGUCUGAGAUGUCGAUCGUCAACAGCAUGUAUCAAUACUCGCUUGCCUCUUAUCUGCAAGUAUUCGAUCUCUCCUUGAGAAAGAGCAUGCCUGAUUCAAUACUGCCGAAGCGACUGAAGAACAUCAUGGAGACACUCCAGUUGAAUGUCUAUAACUACGCCUGCACAGGGUUGUUUGAGAAGCACAAAUUGCUGUUCUCGUUCCAAAUGACUAUUAAGAUCAUGCAAGCGGAUAAUAACUUGAAACAGGAAGAACUUGACUUCUUCGUCAAGGGAAACAUAUCUUUGGAGAAAAGUUCUCGCAAAAAGCCAUACCCCUGGUUGUCAGACCAGGGUUGGCAAGAUAUACUCAAGCUGUGUACGGUGGCUCCCGAUGUAUUUAGUAGCCUGGCCGAUGAUAUUGAGCGGAAUGAGCAAUUGUGGAAAGAGUGGUGUGACUUGGAUGCGCCAGAAGCGGCAGAAAUCCCGAUGAAGUACGAAGAAAGCCUCUCAGAUUUUCAACGGCUUCUUCUGCUUCGCUGUUUCCGAGUGGAUCGUGUUUACCUUGCCAUCACACAUUUCGUCACGAAGAAGAUGGGCGAGAAAUAUGUCACACCCCCCGUGCUGAGUUUCGAAGCCAUCUUCGAGCAGUCCAGUCCUUAUUCUCCCAUCAUAUUUAUCCUGAGCCCGGGGUCCGAUCCUGCCAGCGACCUCCUGAAGCUGGCCGAGAGAUCGGGUUUUGGAGGUAAUCGACUGAAGUUCUUAGCCAUGGGGCAAGGCCAGGAAAAGCUUGCUCUGCAGUUGCUUGAGACGGCGUUGACCCGUGGUCAGUGGUUGAUGUUGCAAAACUGUCAUCUCUUGGUGAAAUGGCUUCGGGAGUUGGAAAAGGUUUUAGAACGUAUCAGUAAACCUCAUCCAGACUUCAGAUUAUGGUUGACUACAGAUCCCACACCAGAGUUCCCUAUUGGUAUUUUACAACGGUCACUCAAGGUUGUGACAGAACCACCGAAUGGCUUGAAACUGAACCUUCGAAGUACCUUGCACAAAAUUUCCAACCAAAUGCUGGCUGACUGCCCUCAUGACUGUUUCUCUCCGCUCGUGUUUGGCCUGGCAUUCUUCCAUGCCGUGGUGCAGGAGAGACGGAAAUAUGGCAAGAUUGGCUGGAAUAUUGCAUACGAUUUCAACGAGAGUGACUUCAGAGUGUCCAUGAAUAUACUCAAUACCUAUCUCACUAAAGCUCUUGAUCAAGGAGACCAACGGAUACCUUGGGCCAGUCUGAAAUAUCUGAUCGGGGAGGUAAUGUAUGGUGGACGUGUUAUCGAUGACUUUGAUCGGCGUGUGGUCAACACAUACAUGGAUGAAUACAUGGGAGAUUUUAUCUUUGACACUUUUCAACCAUUUCACUUCUACAGAAACGACGAGGUUGACUAUUGCAUACCAAAAGGAGAAAAUGACGCGGUGAAUCGUGACGUGUUUGUCGAGUACAUCGAAUCAUUACCGCUGGCCAACACACCUGACGUGUUCGGGCUCCACCCGAAUGCCGAGAUUGGGUACUACACAACCGCCGUCAAGGACAUGUGGACUCACCUCAUUGACCUUCAACCGCAGACCGCUGGUGACGCGGGCGGCAUUAGCAGAGAGGACUUCAUAGCGAAGAUUGCCAGCGACAUUCAAGGCAAACUUCCAGCGUUGUUUGAUGUGGACCUAAUACGGAAGAAUUAUACCGAGAUCCAGCCCACCACAGUGGUCCUGCUCCAGGAGUUAGAUCGAUUCAAUGUACUUGUCAAGAAAAUGUCAACCUCGCUCGUGACCCUACAGAGGGCAUUGGCUGGCGAGGUCGGAAUGAGUAGCGAGCUGGAUGAGGUUGCCAAGUCCUUAUUCAACGGUCAGCUACCCAACAUCUGGCGAAAGCUGGCCCCUGCCACGCUCAAGUCACUUGGAAGCUGGAUGGAACAUUUCCUACAAAGAUUUGACCAGUACAGCAAAUGGGUCAAUGAGGGUGAACCAGCGGUGAUGUGGUUGUCGGGUCUACACAUCCCAGAGUCUUACCUAACAGCUCUGGUACAAGCCACUUGUCGUAAAAACGGUUGGCCGUUGGACAAGUCGACCCUCUAUACGACCGUAACCCAAUACCAGAAACCUGAGGACGUCAAGGAACGAUCACAUGCAGGCUGUUUUGUCAGCGGCUUGUAUCUCGAGGGUGCUUCGUGGGACAUUGAAUCAAGUUGUCUCCGCCGACCAAGGCCAAAGGUGUUGGUCGAGGAAUUGCCAAUUUUGAAAGUCAUUCCGAUCGAGGCCCACAGAUUGAAAUUACAGCACACAUUUCAAACACCCGUAUACACAACAUCCCAACGUCGCAACGCCAUGGGUGUGGGACUCACUUUUGAGGCCGACCUCGCAACGCGAGAACACAUCUCGCAUUGGGUAUUGCAAGGCGUUUGCCUCACUUUAAACGCCGACUAACUUUGUAAAUAGAGUUCGAUAAAUUUCGCAUAUAACAUUUAAUAUAUAAAACAGAUAUUUAUUUUUACUGCCAGGUACGAUUUCUUUAACAGUUUUGUAGAAUUUGCCAGCCGAAUUUCCCUAGGCAUUGUAACCUAAAUGAAUUCAAUCGAAAACAAUAAAGAUUUAAAUAA